CAGCAAGAAAGGAAAGGGAGUUGAAUAUCUGGCAAGUUCUGGAGUGUCUGCGCUCCAGGUUAAAAUGGCACCAGUACGCAGUUGUGUUACGGGCGGAUUCAGGAAAUGGAACAGGUGGAUAUGUGUCAUCCAGAUAAAGAGCAUAAAGUGACUACAAGGCGGAUUUUUUAAUGUGUAUAAUUACUCAUCCUAAAGAAGACUUCACGCCAAAAAGGACCAUUGAGUCGUUGUUCUAAGAAAACUGGAUGUGAAUAUGAUCUCCAAUUAAAAGAAAAACUUGGCAGAAGGAUACACAGCUUUCUGUGCAGGUUUCACCCGCUGACUUUCUGACUCCAGCGGAGGAGAGAGACACCGAGAAGGCGACGCACUUCAGACGCGACCGCAGUCUGGAAGCGGCCGGCGGCGGGUAACUUUUUGCUACGAUGACCUGUUGAAAGUCUUCAGACUGGUGGCGUUUAACAUUUUUUGCUCGCUGUUACAAUGUUUCAAUAACAGCGAAAAUGUCCUAAAUAACUCUGCGCUCGUUAUUGGCAAUUCGGGUAAGCUACUUGUGGAUAGAGUGAUUUUGAGAAGAGACUUAAACGGGAGUCUUAUGGCGAAUAUUCUUCUCUAAAUAAAUACCGAUCCGGUAAGAGAAGACCGUCAGUGGAUCGUCGGAGGAUCAACAUGGGUGAAGGCGAGCCGACCGAGUCCAACGUGCGGGUGGCCGUCCGUGUCCGGCCGAUGAACAGGAGAGAAAAGGAUCUGAAUACAAAAUGUGUGGUGGAAAUGGAGGGAAACCAGGCGGUGCUUCUCCCUGCCAACUCGAGUCUGGGGAAAGGGGACAUCAGGAGUCAACCAAAGGUCUUCGCCUACGAUUACUGCUUCUGGUCAAUGGAUGAGGCACAAAAUGACAAAUUUGCAGGACAAGAUGCGGUCUUCCAGUGUCUUGGGGAGAGUCUCUUGAACAACGCCUUCCAGGGCUACAAUGCCUGCAUCUUUGCCUAUGGACAGACAGGUUCAGGGAAGUCUUACACCAUGAUGGGCUCUGCGGACCAGCCUGGCCUGAUCCCGCGACUCUGCAGCUCACUGUUUGAGCGAACAAUGAGGGAACAAAAGCAGGACGAGAGCUUCACUGUAGAAGUUUCCUUCAUGGAAAUCUACAACGAGAAGGUCCGUGACCUGCUGGACCCCAAAGGGAGUCGGCAGGCCCUCAAAGUGAGGGAACACAAGGUGUUGGGCCCCUAUGUGGAUGGCUUGUCACGCCUUGCCGUCACCAGCUACAAGGAUAUCGAGUCCCUGAUGUCUGAGGGGAAUAAAUCCCGCACUGUGGCAGCCACCAACAUGAACGAGGAGAGCAGCCGCUCUCACGCCGUCUUCAACAUCAUCCUCACACACACGCUCCAGGACCUGCAGUCAGGGACCAGUGGGGAGAAGGUGAGCAAGCUGAGCCUGGUGGACCUGGCUGGCAGUGAGCGGGCUGCCAAGACUGGUGCUGCUGGCGAGAGGCUGAAGGAGGGCAGCAACAUCAACAAGUCUCUCACCACCCUUGGGCUUGUGAUCUCAGCGCUGGCAGACCAGGGUGCCGGCAAGAGCAAGAGCAAGUUUGUGCCGUACCGGGACUCCGUGCUCACCUGGCUGUUGAAGGACAGUCUGGGCGGGAACAGCAAGACGGCCAUGGUUGCUACGGUGAGCCCGGCGGCCGACAACUAUGAGGAGACGUUGUCCACGCUGCGCUACGCAGACCGCGCCAAGAGUAUAGUCAACCACGCGGUGGUCAACGAGGACCCCAACGCCAAGAUCAUCCGCCAGCUGCGGGAGGAGGUCGAGAAGCUGCGGAUGCAGCUCUCCCAGGCGGAGUCCAUUAAAGCCCCAGAGCUGAAGCAGCGACUGGAGGAAUCUGAGAAGCUCAUCCAGGAGAUGACGGUCAGCUGGGAGGAGAAGCUGAGGAAGACCGAGGAGAUUGCACAGGAGAGACAGAAGCAGCUAGAGAGCCUCGGCAUCUCCCUGGAGUCAUCCGGUAUCCGCGUCAAGGAGGACAAGUGCUUCUUGGUCAACCUCAAUGCUGACCCUGCCCUCAAUGAACUUCUGGUCUACUACUUGAAGGAGCACACGCUGGUGGGUGCAGCCGACUCCCAGGACGUCCAGCUGUGCGGAAUGGGCAUCCAGCCAGAACACUGCGUCAUCGACGUCACCGCUAAGGCAGCCGUGCUUCUCAGCCCCAUCCGCAGCUCACGCACCUUUGUGAAUGGCUCGCCGGUUACCAGCCCAGUGCAGCUUCAACAUGGCGACCGCAUCCUCUGGGGCCACAACCAUUUCUUCAGGGUCAACCUGCCCAAGCUGAGGUCCCGGGGUGGCAGUGAGAAUGAGGAGGCUGAGCUUGGAACCAUGACGAGCAGCCCCAGCACCGAGAACCUGGACAUGGAUGGUGAAGGAUCCAGCGAGGUCAGCUUCAGCUACGAGUUCGCCCAGACCGAGGUGAUGAUGAAAGCCCUGGGGAAUGACGACCCCCUGCAGGCCGUACUGCAGACGUUGGAGCGGCAGCAUGAAGAGGAGAAGCGAUCUGCCCUCGAGCAGCAGCGGCUGAUGUACGAGCAGGAGCUGCAGCAUCUGCGCAGGCAGCUGCAUUCGGAGCAGGAGUCACAGGAGCAGUACCGCAGCAUGGAGGGUCAGGGCAGACCGCCGUCGCCACCCACUGGUCAGACCCGCAUACGGCAGUGGGCCGAGGAGAGGGAGAGCGUGCUGACGCGCAGCCUGAGGAAGCUGCGGGAGCAGAUUGUGAGGGCCAACCUGCUGGUGCAGGAGGCCGGUUUCAUCGCCGAGGAGCUGGACAAGAAGACGGAGUACCGCGUCACCAUGCAGAUCCCCACCGCCAACCUCAACGCCAACCGCAAGCGGGACGCCGUGCUGAGCGAGCCGGCGGUGCAGGUGCGUCGCAAGGGCAGGGGCACGCAGAUCUGGGCCAUGGAGAAGAUGGAGAACCGACUGGUGGACAUGAGGGAGCUCUACCAGGAGUGGAAGGACUGUGACGAGGACAACCCUGUGAUGCGCGGCUACUUCAAGAGGGCCGACCCCUUCUUCGACGAGCAGGAGAACCACUGUCUCAUCGGUGUGGCCAACGUCUUCCUUUCCUGCCUGUUCCAUGAUGUCAAGUUGCAGUAUGCUGUUCCCAUUAUCAACCAGAAGGGGGAGGUGGCUGGGCGUCUGCAUGUGGAGGUACAGCGGGUGAACAGUGGCCUAGAGGAGCAUGUGGCAGGAGGAGAGGAUGCUGAGGGGAGCACAGAAGGGGAGGCUCCGGAGCGAGCGCUGAUCUGCAUGAUAAAGAUCCUGCAAGCCACAGGGUUGCCUCGGUUCCUGUCCAACUUCGUCUUCUGCCUGUACUCCUUCUGGGGCCUGUCUGAGCCUGUUUGCGUGGUUCCUGAGGUGGAUCCCACCAUCUCCUGCAGCAGCAAGGAGCCCCAGAGCAUGGUUGUGUUUGACAGCAGCAAGGAACUGGCCGUGCCGGUGUCUGAGGACUUCCUGGACUACCUUUCGGAGGGCGCGAUGGCCAUCGAGGUGUACGGACACAAGCCCUCGGACCCCCACAGGAACCAGGCGCUGUGGGAUCUGGGCAUCAUACAGGCCAAAACCCGUAGCCUGAGGGACAGGUGGAGUGAAGUGACCCGCCGGCUGGAGCUGUGGGUCCAGGUGCUAGAGCUGAACGACGCGGGCAAGUACGUCCCCGUGGAGGUGCUGCCCGCGCGGGACGUCCGCACCGGGGGCAUCUUCCAGCUCAGACAGGGUCAGUCUCGGCGUAUCCAGGUGGAGCUUCACUCGGUGCAGGACUUGGGUACCAUGCCCCUCAUCGCAGAGUCCAUACAGUCGGUCUCUGUGGGUUGUGUGGAGAUCCGGCAGGUCCGGCCACCCCGGCCCAGCGAAUCGCGGCAGGUGGAAGAAGACGACAUGGACAGUUACCAGGAACAAGACCUGGAGCGUCUUCGUCAGCAGUGGCUGGCUUCCCUCACCAAGUCACAGGAGUACCUGGACCAGCACCUGCAGAAGCUGGUCAGCAAGCCCGAUAAGACCGAGGAGGACAUGGAGCGGGAGGCCCAGCUGCUGGAGAGGCGUCUGACGCUGACUGAGGAGCGUAACGCUGUCUUGGUGCCCUCGGCGGGCAGCGGUAUCCCCGGCGCCCCUGCGGAGUGGGUUCCUGUCCCCGGCAUGGAGACCCACAUCCCAGUGCUCUUCCUGGGCCUCAGCACGGAAGACAUGAACUCCCAGGACACAUUAGAAGCAGGCUGGGAUGCCACGCUGAGCCAGGAGGACGAGGAUGAAUUUUUUGAGCUUCAGAUCGUCAAGCACCAUGACGGCCAGGUGAAGGCGGAGGCGUCCUGGGACUCCACCGUGCACAGCGCCCCCCAGCUGAGCCGCGGCUCGGUGCCGGAGCAGCGUGUGUACCUGAUCGUGCGCGCCGUGGUGAGCUUCAGCCACCCCCUGCCGCUGCAGCUGGUCCUGCGCAAGCGCAUCUGCGUGAACCUCGCUGGCCGGCAGGGGUUUGCCCAGAGCCUCCUGAAGCGAAUGUCCCAGCGCAGCACCAUCCCUGGCUGCGGGGUCACCUUUGACGUCGUCUCCAACAUCCCCGGGGAUGCACUAUGCACAGAGGACCAGGAGAUGCUGGCCAAGCUGGCUGCCAACACGGACACCACCGAGUCGGCGGACAGCGAGGCAGCCAUCGAGAAGUACCUCCGCAGCGUGCUGGCCGUGGAGAACAUCCUGACGCUGGACCGCAUGCGGCAGGAGGUGGCAGUGAAGGAGCAGGUGGAAAACAAGGGGAAAUGUCCGAGACGCAACCUCAGCUCCACCAACGUCCCACGGCCAUCUGGAAGUCGACAGGACCUUAGUGUGAACUCGCUACUGGAGAACAAGGAUCGCUGGGAGAGCCAACAGGACAUGGACUCUGCUCAGCUGAAAGGCAGCCUUCCUCACUUCUCAUCCUCGCACACCCAGGACCAGGAGCCAGCCCAUUCUUUCUGGACGGCCCCCGAUCUCUCAGGAUUGGCUGCUCCUUAUCUCUCCCCAGUGAAGGCUCUGGUGGCCCCCAUGCCCAAGCUACUCAAGUCCCUGCUCCCAGCUCGCGAUGGCAAGAAGGACCUGCGACUGUCCCUCCCCUCCCAGCAGGCCACGCCUCGUAUCUCAGUACAAUCCUCAUGCACCAAGGAAAGCCCAGUUCGAACAAAUCAGGGGCAGGGACGGGUGGAGACCGCAGGGGCCCCCGUCCCCUCAGUCAGAGAUCCCCACGACGUGCCCAUCAGCCCGAUGAGUGUCCUCUCCAGUGGCUACUCCUCAGCCAGCGUCUCCACCACGACCUUGUCCGACGCUUCGCAAGUGUCCAGCGAGGACCCGAGCCCUGUCACCAGCAUGGGUCCCAGCAGCGUGCCGGCAGCCCCUGGACCUGGCAGCGACCAGAGGGAGGGCUCCGCUGGUACUGUGAAGUCUGAGGCUGGAGAACCACCAGGAGACAUGGCUGGGCAGGAAGAGCAGCCUCAGGAGACGCUGACUGCCAAAGGCUUUCUGGCACCAGAUGGGAAUAGGCUGCUCUCCUCUCCUGCUUAUACUUCUCCUGUUCCUGCUUAUACGUCUCCUGUUCCUGCUUAUACGUCUCCUGUUCCUGCUUAUACGUCUCCUGUUCCUGCUUAUACGUCUCCUGUUCCUGCUUAUACGUCUCCUGUUCUUAUUACUACGACUCCUCACGAUACUACCACUACUACCCCUCUGGAUACAGCUAUAUUUACUCCUUCUCUUGAUACCAGUAGAAGUGCCCCACUCGGUAUGGUUGAUACCUGUCCUCAUGAUACUAUAACUGCCCCUCUGGAUACUACAACUGCCCCUCUGGAUACAGCUAUUUUUACCCCUUCUCUUGAUACUAAUAGAAUUGCCCUUCUCAAUAUGGUUGAUACCUCACCUCAGGAUGCUACAACUGCCCCUCUGGAUGCAGUUACUCUUGCCCCCCCUCUUGACACUAAUACUAGUGCCCCUCUCGAUUUGCUCACUGUUAUCCCUCUUGAUAAUACAAGUACUCGUCUUGCUCUAGAUGUUUCCCCUACUCAUGAAACUACAACCACCUCUCUCGAUACACUUACUGUUGCGCCUCCUCUUGAUAGGAGUCUAACAGCUCCUCCGGAUGCCAUUCCUAUUAAUACCCCUCUCCUAGAUACCAUUGCUGAAACUGCUCCAUCACCUCAAACCAUUGUGACUCCUGCUGAUGUUACUGCCACUAAUAUUACACCAGCUCCUCUUGAAGCUCAUCUCUGCAGCAGCCCAGAGUCUAGAACCCAACCCCCCCCUUUAAAACCCGCUCUUAUCAACCCCUUCAAGAUCCAGAAGGUGAAGACCUCUGACCUUAAGUCCUUCAGGAGCAUCUUGAGUGAAGACGGCAGCAGCGAUGCCGGUGAGACUAAGGACAGGCUGGAGAUGGCAUGGGAUUCGGACGAGCUCGGAGAAACGCCUCUGCCUGACUGGUUGAAAGAGGGACAGUAUGUGACUGUAGGUACCAACAAAAGUGGCACCGUGCGCUACGUGGGUCCCAGCGACUUUGCAGACGGCAUAUGGGUCGGCGUGGAACUCGACACUCCUUCUGGUAAGAACGACGGCUCAGUUAGCGGACGCCGGUACUUUCAUUGUAACCCCGGUUAUGGGGUUCUGGUGAGACCCGACAGGGUGACCCGGGCCGACGGCUCCAAGCGGCGCAAAGAGAAGCGCCAUAGCUCCGGCUUUGGCUCGAACCCAAACCUGGCCGCCCUGACAGCCCUGGCAAAAGGCGACACGCUGACCCGCAAUCGUAAGUCCUGGAACAACUGAGUCGGGGGUACGGCAUGGGGCCCCUUGAGGCCUAGGAAACUUCAUCUCCCUCUGACUGGCGUCACUGAGAAGGUGGCAGAACCUGCCUUUGGUGCCACAUUUGAAAGAACAUUCAUUCAUUCUGUGUUUAUGGUGAGUGGUGGAGCCCCCUAGUGGACAGAGAGCACACUGUGUGUGCAAGGAUAUUUCAACACCAGACCACUGGAAUGUCUAUAGCACAUGCGGCAUAUACCUUUUGCAUGGUGUUAGAGUAAGGCACGUGCUGCCAAAUACUGCCAGUGUUGGGCUCCUCCCUACAUACUCCAUGACUUCUAUAACAUUACUGUCUGUCCAAAGCUGCUUUGUCACUGGCUGUAUCGGCUUGUUCCUACAGUGUCAUUUUUGCCUGAGAAAUCGUAAACCUUUUAUCACCUUUUAAUAUAUUUCCAGAAGUUUUUAAAUAUUUUAGAAUAAUGUGCCUUUAAGAAUGUCUGCUUUGAAUCUUAAUUUUUCUCACAUCUCAGGGAGUAGGACUCGGGGAAUGAAUGGGCCUUUUAUGAGUGGUUUACAAAAAAUAAAAAUGAAGCAGCAUCCAAUCUAUGGGAGGAUCCCCCUCUUUACUUUGUCCGACACGCAUAGUUCUAUGUAAAGCUAGAGGACCAUUUAAAGCUUUGGUGUAAACCUCUUAUUUUCAGUGGGGAGCCAGAAUUGCACAAUUAAAUCAUUUUUAAUCAAUUUUUAAUUUUUAAAAAUCUAGGUUGAGGGCCAUGGGAAUAAUCUGUAUCUUUGGGGCAAAUAUCUAAUCUCUGCUCCCAUCUGAUAGUUUAGGUCUUUGGUCUUCGAUUUAUGCACCAGUAUCCAAUAUCCAGGCUGCAGGAUAUUAUAUUGUACGUGUAUGAUGGUUAAGGGUAAUGGUUUAUUUAAAUGCUUCAUGUAUGAGUUAUGUUGGGGGGGGGGGAAACUACUUCCUGUUUCUGCCUUCAUGAUUUACUGACCUGUAUGAUGAUGUGCAUUUUAUUUCUCCAUUCUUUUGGCACUUCAAGGGCCGCAUUGCCUUAAAUAUAUGUGCUUUCUGUCCUGUGAUUGGUUUAUGAAGCACGGAGUGGCCUCUGUUAAAACAGCACUAAGCUCCGUUACAGCAUUGAAGGUUUUCCAGUGGAAUAUAACUGGACUCUACGAAGCCACGAACACAUCACUAAGAACAUUUUUGUAAUGAACUACUCGCUGCUGCAUCAGCCUUCAUUAUGAGUGACCCCAACAUGCCAAACAUUGUAGAUGCCAUACUGUGGUGGGUUGGCAAUGAACCCAUGAGAUUUUGCUGCGAAGGGGAUUUGGACUUGGAUGGUGGUGGUCAUGUUUUUUUUUUUUUUUUUUUAACUUCUCCCAAACAUUGUUUUUGACCUGCGAUCAUUACAUGGAUGACACGAAAAAGAUGUUUGCAACAGUUCUGCGAACCUGCAGUAAUUCAGUAACACUAAACCCGACCUUACUCUCCUUCUGCAAGGGAUAAAAUGUCAUCAAACCAAUCAAGGGGUUUGUGUAUUUAUUUAUUUUCUUAAAUUGAAGUUUUAUCAUUGUUGAUGGUUCAGACAAGUUCAUUGCACACUAAUGCAGGGACUCUCAAAAGUUCAAGUCAGAUACAGUAAUAAACAUUUUUGCAAUGUCUCA